AUGAAUAGUUUCAAUAUUGAUCAACAAAUAUUAAUAUUUACGGAAACAUGGCUAAAUAAAAAUUUUCUGAAUACUGAAAUUCUUUGCAAUAAAUUUAAUAUCUACCGUCGUGAUCGUGGUAACAAUACUACAGGAGGUGGUGUCCUAAUUGCUGUUUCAUGUAAUUUAUCAUCUGAACUCGUAGUCAUGGAAUCUCCUCAUGAUGAUAUUGAAUUUAUAUCCGUUUCUAUUAAAAUUAAUGGUUAUCAAUUAUUUAUUUCUUGUUCGUAUAUUCCUCCUUCCUCUCAUCAAUCUUUAUACGGUAAGCAUGCUGAAGCUAUCAGAUCUGUUGCUCGUUCUUCAAAAGAUGGAGACUCUCUUUUUAUCUUUGGACACUUCAAUCUGCCCUCAACAGAGUGGAAAUUCUUACCAGAUGAUGGAUAUCUCAUUCAGACGAGGCAGAAUUCUAAUUUCGAUGAUUUUUUUAAUAUCCUAUAUGAUAUGGGUCUAUUCCAAAUUAAUGGCAUUCGUAACGAAUAUUCAAAAAUAUUGGACUUAAUAUUCGUAAAUGAUGUGUCAAAUAGUUUUAUUAAACGCUCAUCUCCUAUUUCAUGUCCAGAAGAUCGUUAUCAUCCAACAAUUGAAUUAAGAACAUCCAUUUCACUAAAUUUUUCAACGCCUUCGUCCAGCAAAAAUGAAAAAGUAUUUUCAUUUAAACAUGCCAACUAUAAUAAGUUAAAUGAACUACUACUCGAUACAAAUUGGCAAUACUUAUUUUCUUGUCAUACAAAUGUUGAUGAUAAGUUAAAAGCCUUUUAUAUGAAGCUAAAUAAUUUCCUCAAUUUAUGUGUUCCUAUGCGAAAAUCUGAAAAUCUAUCCGGUCCACCAUGGAACAAUAAACAACUGGCUUACGCAAAAAAUAGGAAGAAUAAAUGCUAUAAAAAAUUUAGACAAUCCGGUUCUUACAUUGAUUAUAUGAGAUACUCUAUUACCCGUGCUGAAUACAAUAUCCUUAAUAAAUCAUGUUAUAAUAAUUACCUUAACACAAUGAAGAUCAACUUUAAACGAAAUCCAAAAUCAUUUUUCAAAUUUGUUAAUUCUAAGAAGAAAACUACUUGUUUUCCUUUAUCCAUGAAAUUUCAACAAUAUGAAUCCAGCGAUGAGGCUUAUAUUAGUAAUUUAUUUGCUAACUUCUUUUCAAUUACAUAUUCUGAUGCAACUUAUAAUGAUUCAUUAGACUAUCCUUUUAAAAUAACUGCGAAUCAACUAGUAUCAUUUACCUUUAAUUGA